UUCGCUGACAUUUCAGCACGACUUGUCAAAAGAAUGCCUCUACGCGACUAAUUUUUUAUCGUUAAUAAUUUCGCGUUCAAUGAAGAGUUUUGUUCCAUUUUUUGUUUGUUGUAAUCGUGCUUUGUAACUUUUCAACAUUAUGAGCGAUGAAAUUUUCACCAGGGGCUAUCGAGAACUACAAAAUGCCAACGAUGGUGACGAUGAUCUUAUGGCUGCCGAAAAUCCCAACGAUAUAAGGCUACAAGACAUCGAACAGCAACUGGAGAUGGCCGAGUCUCGAUGUAACACCUUAAAAGACCAGCUGGAUUAUAUGAAACAAAUGUACGGCGGCAACAAAAGUUCCAACAAAUCCAGAAAAAUAUCUAACGUAGCCAAUCUCUCCAAUCAUUCUUCGACUAGUAACGAAGAAACAACUAGACCUAUUUCCGUGAAAAAAUCAGGUCCAAGUCGUCAGAAGUCCAACGCCAUCGAAACCGACAAUUCUGGGGCUGCGGUGAGGACCAUCAACAACAUCCUGAACGGUAUUACGAAUUCGGUGAACAGAUUGUCUGAAAUUCACUCUCAGAUCACUACUCCUCGAGCCAAGAGCGCUACUAGUGAUUACCAGAAAGAUAUAUCUGCAAAAGACUCAGGCACAGGAGACGGACAUAACGUAAUCAUCCCCGAACUGAAACUAAGCCGAACGUCUAUAGAACCGAUAUCCAGAGGCGUCAAAAGGAAAUCGAACAAGAGCAGAACCUCGUCCCAAAUCACCUUCAAAAGAACCUCGAAAAUCGAGAAGAAACCUCGAACGAAUAUCUCGAGAAGCUCCGGCGUUCUCGAAAAGAAGUCCUCCACCAUAGUUAAAAACAAGUACUUUAGUAAAAUCGUGCAGAAAAGCAAUAAACUAGUUGAAAUUUAUCAUAACACCGCUAUAAAACUAACCGAUUCGGACGACAGUAAUAUGAAGAAAUCCAGACAGAUUGAAGAAAAAAGUCAGAGAGGGAGUUGUGAGGUUCCUCCGUUGAAUAUCGAAGACCCUGAGAUGAAAACGUUUAAAAAUACUGUAUCGGAGCAAAGAAGUCUGGCUAAAACUUAUUCAGGUUACCGUCAAAACGGCUUGACCGGAUAUCCUAACAAUGAACUUUAUUACGAUGUGUCCCAAGCACCCAGGACUCUGAGUUGUUGCUACAGCAAGAACUACGAACUGCCUACGGUGGCUUCCAGAAUGAAACAGGUGGCUAAAAGAUACUUGGGAACGUUGAAUAUCAAAACUAUUCCGUUUUGUGCUGCCAUUUCCACCACGCAAAGUCACAAUAUCGGCAUAAAUAUUCAGCAAGUGAUGAAUAUCAUCAAGAACAGGCAGCCCAUUAAUGGGAUUUCGCCAACGUUGGCGCAUAAUAUUGGUUUAGCAGCUGAAAAGAUGAACUGUAAACCGUUUUCGGUGUUGGUUUCGACGAUAAAUUCCAGGAUUUCGCAAGCCCCUUCGAGAUGUCCGUUAUCGAAAACGUACUUGAAUUUCCAGCAGUUGCAGGAACAGGCGCGUAAUAUACCGAACGAGGUGAUAGAGGAAGCUGACGAGGAUAUUGUUGAGACUCCUGAAGCUAAGGUUGUAACAAUAACAGGACCUUCGGGAGAUAUGGAGGUGAAAACCAAAAACAUCCCUGUAUGGAAAAUGGAAAGAAACGACAAUGGAGAACAGUGCACGUGCGUACCAACCAGCAAUAUAACUUUCCAACAAGUGGCAUCGAGGUAUCAGAGAAAUAUGAGACCAUCCUCUGAUAACCCUCACUCACAGGUUAUAAGUACUCAGCCAAAACCCAAGGUAAAACUGUACAAGUCGGCGAGGAACAGAGUGACGAACAGAGCCUCUAGCAUGCACUCGGAUGUUCAGUGUCAAGGCGUUCACAACAGCACCGAGACAGAGAACGAGACGCAACUCCAAGGAAAAGAGAGAAAUUUAAAAGAAGUACUGACCAAUCUUCAUCACGAUUUUGAGUGUUUAAAUACACGGUACGACGAAUUGUGCGCCAAAACCACCACGGAAAACAACGAAGAAACCAUGAAGGAACUGGAACGACUCGAGACCGAACUGACGAAGAAAGAAGAGGAAAUCACCAUGGUGAUGACGUUGUAUAAGGAGGUGAUGGCGCUGAAGCAACAGGUGAAACAGCUGAAGGAGAAGAGGAGUCAGGCGAGCAUCACCACGAAGGAGACCAAGACGAAAUUCAAGGAGUACAACAAUCCGGAGGCGGCGUUCCAUUUGACCAAACUCUUAAAACAAAUCCAGCAUUAUCAGAUGAGGUACAAAUCAAAUUUGGGUGCAGAUUAAAUAGUAUUUAAAAUUACACAAUGGUGUUUUUU